AUGAACUGCAUGCCUUUUAUUGGGUUAGAUGUCUGCCAUUUAAAAGGGGUUUAUGGUGGACAGUUGCUUACAGCUGUUGGGAUCGAUCCCAAUAACGAGACUUGGGUGCUUGCAUAUGAUGUGGUUAAGUGGAAACAAGAGAGUCAGGGACGUGGUUCAUUGAUUUGUUGGUCGAGGAUGUGGACAUUGUUAAUUCUCAUGGAUGGGCCUUUAUAUCUGACAGGAAAAAAGGAUUGCAUUGUGCAUUUGAAGACAUUUUGCCUAAUGCUGAGACAAGAUUCUGUGAGAGGCACCUUUUGGAUGACAUCAACAAAACUUAUAAAGUUUUGGGGGAUCAGUUGUGGAUAUGUGCUAGAGCUACCAAUGUGCCUUCUUUUUAAGUAUCAAAUAGAAGUAAUGAAGACCUUAAAUAGCAAUGCUUGGGAGUGGCUUGCUAAGAAGCCACCAACACAAUGGUUUAAGUCUCAUUUUAGAACUCUUAUUAAGUAUGCCAUGCUGCAGAAUAACUUGCGUUAA